AACUUAUUAAAUAGAUGACGAUGGCCAACUCAGUUCCAUACAUCGGUAGUCGGAUGAACUUGAUUUCAAAGGCAGAAAUUCGAUACGAAGGUUUUCUUCACGAGAUAGACACACAAGCGACAACUGUCACUCUAAAAAACGUUAGAUCGUUCGGAACUGAAGGACGUCGAGCAGAUAAAGUCAUUGGGCCUAAAGAUGAUGUCUUCCAGUAUAUUAUUUUUCGGGGUACAGACAUAAAAGAUAUAUCCGUGUGUGAAGGACCUGUUGUACCUCCUUUCGCUGAUCCAGCUAUCGUUCAAUCUGGACCUCCUGCUAGUGGCAGACCACAGCAGGGAACGGUACCCAGCUCGUCAGUAACAUCCAUGACGCCAGACGCAACAUCACCAACCCCGUCUUUUCCACCGUUCGCAAUGCCAGCAAUGUCACAAGCGAAAUCCCAUCCCCCUUCAGUUCCAUCGCCCCAGCUAUUCAGAGAUGCGACACAGUCUAGUGAUUCACAGCAUAUUUCGCCAGACACACUCGCAGAUCAAGGUAGAUCAAUGAAUUCUAACACAGAUCAUAAUCAAAGCCGCGGGAAUAAUCAGAGGCCGAAUAUGCGAGGAGGAGGAGGAGGAGGCGGUUAUAGGAACGACCGAGGCGAUAACAACCGAAGUGUGUUUUCAAGUUAUUCUGCAGUUACCAACCGUCAGCAGUUCAACAGGGGUUACAACAACGAAUACGCCCCUAGAUCAUACACUUAUAACCCAGCUGGAAACCCUUACAAUAACUCUUACGGAAAUAACGGGUUCAAUAGAAACAAUAAUACGGGAGCCUCGUCGUUGAACUCAGGGGACAGAGUUAACAAUAGACCAAUGGGACAACAAAAUCGCAACAACUACAACAACUAUCAGAAUAACUAUCGCUGGAAUCAAGGAGGUAUGAACCGCAGAAUGGGACCAAGGAACAGAGACGAUACUACGGGAACAGGUGAUCUGAAGAUAGACGAAGAUUUUGACAUUGAUGAUGCCAACAGGAAAUUCGACAAAAGCCAGCUGGUGAAAGAGUUUGCAGGCCUGAAUGUCCAAGAGGAAGCCGAAUCUGAAGCACAGGUGCAUAACUUGGCAGAUCUGGAGGAGGGAGAGGUGGGAGAUGAGUCACAGAAGACAGAGGCGGCCAAAUUCUACGACAAGUCCAAGUCAUUCUUCGACAGCAUCUCAUGCGACGCUCUGGAAAAGAAGACUGCUCGCCUUACGACUGCGGAGGAGAAGAGACUGAACCUGCAGACGUUCGGGGCUCCAUCUGUGAUCCGCAACAGACCCCCUGGACCCCACAACUACAACAACUCGGGUGGAUUCCGACCCAGGUCGGCCGGCAACUUCCACGGCGGCGACAACGGAGGAGGAAACAACUACAACAGACGAGGGAAUUAUUACGGAGGUUUCAACAACAACGCGCCGAACUACAGACGUGGUCCGGGCAACAGUUACUACACGUCGAAUUAUAACAACCACCAUCAAGGAGGCCAUGACAACAAUAGGCAACAACACCAGAACAAUGAUAGGAACAAUCAGUACCGUCAUCACCAGCAGCAGCAGAGACAAAACAACUAUAGUCAUAACCAAAACAACCAGGCACACCGGGUCAACAAUCCAGCUCAAGCGUAAGAGGAUGAGCAAAGAGUCUGGAAGGCGAUUUUGAUGAAAGCCAAAAAAACUGACCUAAACUUGGUGCAACUUUUGCGUUUUAUUUAAUGUUUUUUUAAAGCUUCGUUAUUGUGAAAUUGUCACCGACAUCACCCCCAGCCCCUUUAAGCGACCCCAAAAUGUCGGAAUCUAGUUUAAGUAGCCACCCCCUGCCCUUAACAUGACCCCUGCUACUGACUAGAAAAUGAAUGAAGUGUUCAAGCUUUUAGCCAGUCUAGAUGCUCGGAAGCUUCUGUUCAUUUGACCUGGUCUGUCCUCUAGUUUUGUUAUUACACUUGUAGUAUAUAUCAAAAGAAGCGCGCUAGAAUUUAUUGCGGCCGAUUCGAUCGGUUGUAUUUCCUUUGGUGUCCGGAAAAAAAGACGACAAUCAGUUAAUCGUUUAAAUAAUAAGUUAUAAAGUUCUUUAGACAUUUUAAUGUAAAAUGGCCUACAUUGCCAAAAUUUUUAGAUUUGAUGAAUUUAUAUGCGAGCUUAAAUGAAGUUGAAAACAAAAAGCAAAAUGAUUUCUGAAUAACUGAAUGCUUGCAUUUACUGAAGUAUUAGUUUGAAGUUUCGUCUUGUUUGUCCGGUACCAGUUUUGUUUGAUAAAGUUAAAACCUACUGUUGCUUAAAGAGAUAGAUAAUACAUGUAAUUGGAUGAUUCAUGCAAUAAUUUGUAAAAAAAAAAUUUAGCUCCUCGGUUGAAAUUAAUUUUUCUUUUGCCACGUAAAUGUUGAAUCAGAUGGUGAAGCAAAAAGAGGGAGCUUGUUGUUGAUUAUGAUAUUAAAGUGUUCAAAUUGAUUUGGAUUCACGUAUGAUGAUGUGCUUAUGUUACUUCUUUACUUGAAGUGCUGAUAUAAAGACUAGUGGGCUAAAAAGUUGAAUUAACAAUGUUUUACAAA